GCCUAAGUAAAGCCGAGACCUCCCUGUCUCUAGGGUUUCCCUCUUUUAAUCCCCCGCCGCCGCCUCCCUCGCACCCUGCCGCCACCCAUCCAUCUCACUCCACCUGACGCCGGCGCACAGGGCCCUGCCGCCGUCGCCGCGUUAUCCAUGGCGUCGGAGAAGAAGCAGUCCAACCCGAUGAGGGAGAUCAAGGUGCAGAAGCUGGUGCUCAACAUCUCCGUCGGAGAGAGUGGGGAUCGCCUCACCCGCGCCGCUAAGGUUCUUAAGUCCUGGAGGGGCCAAUCACCAGUGUUCUCUAAGGCUAGGUACACUGUCCGUUCCUUCGGUAUCAGGCGUAAUGAGAAGAUUGUCUGCUAUGUUACUGUAAGGGGUGAGAAGGCAAUGCAGCUUCUGGAGAGUGGGCUGAAGGUCAAGGAAUAUGAACUGCUAAGGAGGAACUUUAGUGAGACAGGGUGCUUUGGUUUUGGAAUCCAGGAGCACAUUGAUCUUGGCAUCAAGUAUGAUCCUUCAACCGGUAUCUACGGAAUGGACUUCUACGUCGUCCUUGAGCGCGCUGGGUACCGUGUUGCCCGACGCUGCAGGUGCAAGUCCCGUGUUGGAAUCCAGCACAUAGUGACCAAGGAGGAUGCUAUGAAGUGGUUCCAGGUCAAGUAUGAGGGUGUCAUCCUCAACAAGGCUCAGGCUAACACUUCUUAGAAACACUGUUAUAAAGCUCAGCCCUUAGGCAUGAUACCGAUCGCAGCAGAGUUUCACCUCUACUCAAGUUUUCGAUCUCGGACGACAUUAUUUACCAAGACUCAAGUGCUUGAAUUAGUUUUGGAUCGAGGAGCUUAUGGUCUCUAUUAUACUUUGAAAGCUGAAUCAUGGAUAUGCGCAGUUUUAUUUGGUUUCGCAAUGUGCUUCGUUUGACCUACUUUCCUCUAGUGGCCCAUGUAUACAGAGAAGGAUGUCUUUUUUUUGUCCCCUGUUUUGACCCUACAGCUGUAGUCAUGGUGCAUUCGGUAGUCCAAUGGUUGUCUGAUUUGUUUUGCA